AUGAGUUACUUGGUGGGCUACCAGCAGCAGCCAAAGCAACUGCUGCUGCUGGUGGUGUUGCUGUUGAACGUUGCUGGCGUGCAUCCAAUCCGGUACAAACCGUCGCAGCAAAAGUUGGAUCUGGGGGUUGGUAAAGUGAUGGCCUUGCACAGCAAUGAGAACAGCACUGACAGCGUGCCGCUCUCGCUGCUAGUGCUGCAGCAACACCAAGCAACAGGACUCCCCGAAGAUGUUCCAGCAUCAGCAGCGGACGUUUCGACGACUACCAAAAGGGAGACGCAAUCAUUUCUCCAGCACAGUGGCUGGGUACUGCCAAGAGAAUCUAAACAAACCCGCGGCAUGUUCAACUGGUACACAAACCCGUACACCUACGUCAUCGUUGGCGUUCAGGCAGUGCUGCUUAAUGCCGCAUUUCUGUAUAAUAUGCCGCCAGUCGGAUUGAAGUAUGCGCAAACUCUAUUUUUAAGGCCUGCCACUCCAUCUAGGGACUCCAGGCUCACGGAUCGCAUACUUUGCCUUGUCAAGCAACAUCGCCUGAGCAAUACCUCAUGCCCUUCCCUGUGCAUAGUGAAUCCGAUUUGCGUCGCGCUUCAUUUUGCUUUUCACGAGUCGGAGAAGCUGCCCCCCUCCACCUGGAUGUAA